GUCGAGACGCGGAUUCGAAGGUUGGUAUCAAAGGAAUUGUGGCAGACAAUGUUCAUCCGAGAGCAGGUUUCGCAGGGAUUCCCUCCUGGACAUCGCACUUUCCUCUUGCGACAUGUUAAGCACCCUGUUAUUUGCAGGUUUCGGCCAUGAUAUAGGGAACGAACCACGAAUGAAGUUAGAUGUCUUGGCGUUAUUUGGCUUCAAUCUGCCAAUUGCCAAGCCGCUGGGGAGCCUCCAGCUUUAUUUCCUUGGGUGUCUCUACAAUGGGGAUGACAGGGGGCGCUGUGAUUAACUCAGCAACAUGGUGCCUGGAUUCCGAUAUAGACACCCGCCGAUGGACUGUCCAGACCAUUAGUUACCCGGCGUGGACCAGACACCACUCAAGACGUAUUGGAGCAAAGGACCAGCUGUUAAGCGCCUCUGCUCGUCCGGGGGUCAAUCCUGAGCGUCGUCAUCAUGAACAAUGCAGCUUACGGGCUUCCAUUCACAGUUGGGUCACCUGGCAGGCACCUUAUGGCUAUACUGGCUGUCCCGACUGCCACUUUCCGGAAACGAUCAAGGUCCGCUGCAUGCGCCGCACUGGUUCCGGGAUUUGAAGCCCUCGGAGUUUGAGUCGGUGAGCCGAACGUCGAAGAGUCACACCACUUGCAAUCUGUUUGUGGAAAUAGCUCACCUACAAAUAGGGGCCAGCAUCAAGUAUUGAGAUCGUCAGCCUCGAUCAAGGACCUUUCAUAGCCUGACGUGUUCUUCAUGGUUGAUGAAUAAGUGAGAUAAAUACUUCGUACUCAGGGGCCUUGGUACG